AUGGAUGACCCGAAUCGACCCGUCACAGGCUAUCCCGCCCCGACCCAUAAUCCCAAUCCCAACGGUUAUGCCGUCGGCGGCAAUCGACCUCCGUCCGGCACUGGUUACCCUUACGCAGCCCCUCCUCCAACCACUGGCUACUACAGUCACCAGAAUAACCAUUAUAACCAGCAGAAUUACUACCAGGACCCAUACUCCGCCCGCCGCGCCACCUGUCUCCGCCGCAUCUUCGCCUUUGUUAUUGGGCUUAUUAUCAUAAUGGGUACCAUCACUUUUAUUGUCUGGCUUGUCCUCCGCCCCCAGCUCCCCGAGUUCCGAGUAGAUUCGUUUUCCGUUUCUAAUUUCACUGUCGGAAAUAAUUCUCUAGUCUCGUUCACUUCGGAAAUCCAGAUCACCGCCCGGAACCCGAAUAAGAAAAUGAAACUUGGUUACGAUCAUAUUAGCGCUGACGUUUUUUACAAAUCAGAGUCUCUUGCUGAUACUACCAUUCCUCCAUUUUACCAAGAUACCAAAAAUGAAACUUCCAUAAAGGCGAAUUUCGCAGCAGCUGGGAGGUAUGUGGAUAAGGGGGUAGUUGAUGGGAUCAACUGGGAUAGGAGCAAGAAUGGGAACGUGGGAUUCAAUUUGAGGAUGAUUUCUAGGGUUAAGUUUGAGGCGAAGGCCUGGCGGACAAGAAGAAGGUUUUUGAAGGUGUUUUGUGGGGAUCUGGUUGUUGGGAUUACAAGUAAUGGGAGAUCCGGUAUGUUAACCGGUGGGCCGAAGCAGUGCCGUGCAGGGAUCUGA